AUCUGCCGGGGGAGGACGUUUGCCGGUUACACGGGGGUCAGCAAGUGGUGGGUGUGUUGUAGAGUCACUCGAAGAGGGUAAAUCCGCAGGAGUCAUGGGUGGAUUCGCGUGGGUGACCCUGGCCACAAAUGAUUCCUAUUCCUUGGGAGCUCUGGUCCUGGCACACUCGUUACGUCGAGUCGGGGCUAAACACGAUUUAGCGGUCUUAGUUACACCGGGUGUAACGGAUGUCAUGAGGGAAAAAUUGGCGGCAGUGUUCUCAUUGGUACAAGAGGUGAACGUGCUCGACUCGAAGGACGAAACGAACCUGGCUCUUCUGGCAAGACCCGAGUUGGGCAUCACGUUCACAAAACUGCACUGUUGGAGACUCACACAGUACGAGAAAUGCGUGUUCCUCGAUGCCGACACGUUGGUGAUCCGAAAUUGCGACGAGUUGUUCGAGCGAGAAGAAUUGUCGGCGGCACCCGACGUUGGCUGGCCCGAUUGCUUCAAUUCCGGCGUUUUCGUCUUCAAGCCCUCUCAACAGACUUUUGCAUCCAUCACCGCGUUCGCCGCCGCGAAGGGUUCCUUCGACGGCGGCGACCAGGGAUUGCUGAAUUCCUAUUUCAGCGACUGGGCCCACAAAGACAUCUCCAAGCAUCUGCCCUUCAUCUACAACAUGUGCUCCACCGCGACGUACUCCUAUCUUCCUGCAUUCAAGCAAUUCGGCGAGGAUGUCAGGAUCAUUCAUUUCAUCGGCGCCGCAAAACCGUGGCUUCAAUAUUUCGACACCGUGACCGGCAUCGUUCAGCCGCCACCGGAUUGCAACCACUUGCAGCCACUUUUGCAAAACUGGUGGAAUAUAUUCUGUGAGCACGUACACCCUCAGUUGUCCCCCGUUAUGGCCAGGAGCACUUUGGCAUCACUUUGGCACGAAAUCAUUCCCCCGCCGUUGCACAUCCCUCCCCAAUUGCCUCCCUCCUCCGAUAACGACAAGUUAACGGCCGACAGUGUUAGGAAGCCAGAUUUCUCCGAGUUUAAGGACCCUUGGGAAACGUACGUUCCGCACCGCGAUCAUUUCCCGAGCGACGAUAAGCAGGAAGGUGAUAAUCAUCGAUAUUACUGUCCGGUCUGCCACGAGUGUCAAUAUCAAUCGCCUCAAGACGAAAGCCGCUGUCAGAACUCAUCGAGCCCGACAUACGAGACCGUUCAACCCGUUCCGCGAUACUACAUUGCGCAACAAAACCAUAGUCAGUCCGUUUCCGAAUAUUAUCCACCCGCUCCAAGUGAAGAGGUCCCAUACAGCGAUCAAAGCCAUCCCCAGGAACACCAUCCUCCACCGCGACCGGAAAUUCAUUACGACUCUUCCCACGAUCAUUGUCACGUGCUACAUCAACCUCCACCUGUUCAUCAAGCUCGACAUCACGAUAAUCGUCAGCAGCGUCAAGAGGAACGGCCCGAAAGUCCCCGCGCGCACGAUCGGGACGAAAAUCGCGAACGUCAUCAAGAUUUUCAUCAUCGGCAUCACAUACGCGAACAUCAACAUUCUCAGACUCAGGUACACGAACACGAUCGUUCCUAUCAUCCUCGUCAUCAUCCUCCCCAGCAGGAGCAACAUCAUCAUCCUCAUCAGCAUAGGUAUCACCAUCAAGAACGUACCCACGAUUUCUCUCAUGAUAAGACUUCGCACCAUCACCGUCAGCAUCAUGAAAGUCGUCAUCGUGAACACGCGCACCCUGAAGAGCAUCAUCCGCGUCAUCGCGAUCAUUUUCCUGACGAGCAAAGGAAGGAGCACGUUGAGCAUCGUCACGUGGAAAACCGUAUUCCAGAACAUGUACAUAAUCAUCGGGAUAGCGAUUAUAGCAAUGUGGGAGAUAGAGUUACCUGCCCAGUGACGAACUGGCAGAGCGAUCACGAGACGGUCCGUGACGAUAUGACCGACGGACGGACCGACGAUCACGUACAAAGUGUUCCCCCUCCCUGUGAAUCCUGCACUGUACCCGCAAUUGUAGCAACACAGUCCAAUCAGAAAUUAACGGGGCGACUAGAAAAUAAAGAUACUGGGCUUGCGGGCGCCCUGGCAAAACUGACUUUGGGCGAGGCCAGGAGUCCGGAGCAAAUCGCCUUCGAGGAGCACAUGAGAAAGCAGAGCUGGGAACAGGGCCAAAUCGAUUACAUGGGCCGCGACAGUUUCGAGAAUAUCUGGAAGAAGAUCUUGGAGACCCUUUCCCGGCCCCCCCAGAAGCAGAAGAGCCCACCCAAGGAAGUGGAUGAAGCAACGGCCUCGAAGGAAACUACAAAGACCGAAACGAGCGAAACCGCUUCUACCGAACCUGAGGAGCAAACGGCUGAUCUCUUGUCAGUUAUAGCUACGGAAACACUGUCGGAAAAACCUGUCUCAACGUCUGUAGCAGAAACGGCGCCAAAAGUUCCCGGACCACCUCUCGACCCCGUCCCUCCCGCACAAUCCUCCACAGGAACGCCCAAGACCCCCGAAGUAGGGGAACCUUCACCUGGUGUCGAGGGACUCCUCGAAGCCUCCGGUGCACCUUCCCCGGAGGAGCCUUCCGCGCCGAAAACCGAAACCGUCGAAAAGUCCUCUGAAUCGGCCACGACGGACCUAAAGCAGCCCUCUUCGGAGGUACCUGCCGAAACGCGACCUGUACCAGUGGGACCCCCUCUAGAGCCGUUCACCUCUUCCGCUGAUAAGGAGAUAACGGCGGAGCCAACGAGCCCGACCAGCACCGCCGUGGCUCUGAAACAACCCUCUGCAGUAAUUGCGUCGCCACAUCCCUUCGCGGGGAUCGCCCUAGGCCAAGCAUCCUCGGAAACUCCUAGACAUCUCACGGAUGAACCAGCAAGAACGACUGCCGAGACCGCUCCACCUAAGGCCGAAGCGAUCGCUGCAAAAGUCCCCGAAGAGGCAAGAGAAUCUGGCGACUCUCCUCGGCAACGGAUGUCCUUCGAUGCUGCUCUUGAAUCUACCGCUGCUUCCAUUCUCGAACAGACUCUUCCGCGAGAUAUCUCCGCCGUUCGUCCGUCCGCCGCAGGAGCCGAGGAAGGGCCAAUCGAAGCUGCGACCCCGCGAGCUCCCGAGUCGUCGGGAACCUCGGCAUCGGUGGUUCCUGGUUCAUCGGAAGAGUUGCCUUCUCCUGGGAAAAUUAUUCCCGAGGCCCCGGUUACCAAAGAGGUGGAUACAGUUAGAGAAACUGCGCGAGUUGACCCUCCUGCACCUGCAGUGACUCCUGAAGUCGCACGAAUCGACGCUGUCCCCUCCGCGACUGUAGAACCUGCGGGGGUUGUCGAGUCCGUAGAAAGUCCCGUGCCUAUCCAGGUCGCGGAAUCCGUUCUUCAGGCAGAUCUGAAAGAGUCGGUGUCGGAGGAUGCAAAGCCGGUGGGCGAGGAAGCGCUCUCUUCGGUGGUGGCGCCUGUCCAGGAGUCCGCCACCGCCGUCUCCGAGACUCUGAUCGAACCACUCGAUCGGCCCACCUCGAGCGAUGGAACAGCCGACGUUCCCGUGGGAAGUAUAAACGGUGUCGACGGGGACCUGCCAGCUAUAAAUGGAUUGGCCUCGGGUCCUACGUCUCCUACAACGGCGGAGGGGGUGGAGGUCGUACCUCCCACGAGGCCAGUGGUCCCUGUAGGUACCGAAAGGUCGGAGGAGGAGCAGGAAACCACCAGGUCGGUUGUAGAAUCCGAAGAGGCGAAGAAGUCGGCCCUGGUUGAAUCCGCAGCCGAAGUCGCAGUUCUCGAGUCCAAAAGUCCGGAGUCUCGGGUCGGCGCGGCAGACGUGCCCUCCACUCCCGUCUCUAGCUCUCCGAGAUCCUCGUCCUCGUCGGCGGAUUCCGCGACGGUUGAGAGUCCCGUGAGGCCUACCAGGACCAAGGAGAUCAAGAUUCCCGCAACGCCGACCGUCACGGAACCCACGCCUCCGACGAGUCCUCCCGUGGAAGGCGACGGUGCCGAGGCCCAGCCGAAGACCACGAAGAAGACCACGAAGAAGGUCGUCAAAAAGUCGUCUACCGAGCAGGAGCCAUCGGACUCCGCGGAGGCGGACCCCUCCGGCAAGAAGACCGUGAAGAAGGUCGCGAAGAAGGUCGCAAAAAAGCCGAAGGAGGCGGAAGAUGGCGCGGAAGGCUCCGCCGUGGCGAGCAAGCCGAAGACGGUGGCGAAGUCAGCGAAGAAGGUCUCGACGAAGCCCUCGGAGUCUCUGGAGGUGGACAAAUCCGUCCCGGAAACUCCGCCGGCCGGGAAUGCCGAAGUUCCCGUCCCUCCGAAGCGAAAGGUGAAAAACUCCGGCCCCGCGAAGGCUCCUUCGAAAACCGAUUCCGAACAAUAAUACAUGGCGCGGCCUGCGAUACCCAUAAUGGGGGAAUAAUCGUCAUGGGGAUACUAUUGAGAACCGUUGAAAAGUAUUACCCGCUCUUGGAUCGUUGUCGAUGCUAUUCUCAGUUUCCUUUCUUGAGGGUGUGAGCGCGUACAACGAUACUCUUAUGGGAAAAUUUUCUUCGAGGAGGAGAGACGCCGCUGCGGACCAACGGAACCCGCUGCGGACUCUCCACUGGUUCUCGGCUGCGUUUCCGUGUGUUUAUUUUUUCUCUCCCUCUCCCACUAUCUCUCUCUCUCUCUUCGUAAUUGUAUUUUUCGUGCCGUUUUCUAUAUGUAUGCGCGCACAGUGGCAUUAUUCAAGUUCCUAAAUAGUGUCUCGUCGAAUCCAGCGAGAUGGUAUCCACUAGUCGACUGUAGUCUUUGGUACUUUUAGCGAUCUAUUAUGCAUACCGAGGCUGGAUUCGAUUGGCCAUGCGUAUCUGGAACAGCCGAACACUACUAUGAUUAUUACGCACAGUUGUUAUCCUUAUUUAUAUACCAUUGUAUCUGUCUCAGAUUUUUUUUUUAACGAAACGCGUGUCUCCCCGGCGGCAUGGGAGUCUCAAAAGGCGACUUUCUUGACAUAUAAUAAUUGUAGAAUUGCCUUAAAAGACUCCUUUUGGUACCCUCGUGCUAGCUGGGUUAGCAUUUGCUUUUUACGAUACACACGUCCACUUAGCUGUUUUAAAUAUAACAACACGUGUAAUUAAUUUUCUUCUUAUUAACGAAUCAUUGCGUCCACUUAGACCAUUUUUUUCUAGUUUCGGAUUCUUGAAGCCUCGCAUCGUCCAAUGUUAGUUUCUUUCUUUCAAUUAUAUUAACUCUCCCUGUUGUAUUACCGAUUAGCCGUCGUCACCGAAAUUACUCGUUAAAACAUUUAAAUGUAUAAAUUGGCCAAACGUAAGUAUCUUUCCAUUCCAUAAAACAUUGGAACGUGUCCUCCGAUCAAGUAACGACGCUAAAUUUAAUAUGGGUCAAAGAUCUAAGUUAAGACCAAUGAAAUUUUAUGUACAAUUGAUUCGAACGCCUAUUUCUGUUGUUAUAUUCCUGUACUGUUUAUUUAAGUAAAUAUGUUUUCCUUUUCAUCCUACUUGUUAUUCGAUGCGAGAUGUUCAGCAUUUUUUACCUGUACAGAAAAUGUAUAGAGGUAUUAAAUUGAAUUGUGUUAGUUGUCACA